CAUAAAAAAAAUCUUAAAAUGGCAAAUAAACAAAAUUUAAUUAAUUAUACCGAAGAAUUAAUAGAUGUGAUUGAUAUGCAAGAUUCUUGCAUUAUCAAUUCAGUGGAAGUGGACAGUGAAAAUUUUAAUGAUGAAAUUGAUCUUCAACAAUUUCUCCAAACCAUAAAUAUGGAGUCCCUGUUCGAAACAUUAAAAGCUGCUAAUGUCAAAUACAGGAGUUUGCCGUAUAUAACAAACGUGGACCUAACAGAAGCUAUUCCACAUUUGGGGCUACGUGCGGAAUUCCGUAGCAAACUUGUUACAUGGAGAAAAACUGAGGAGUUGACAAUGAGCCCUCAAAGGUCCAGUUAUGUCAGCAAAGGAAAGACAUAG